AUGUUCUCUACUUUCACGGGCAGCUCCCGGCGGCCGAGAAACGUGAACCUGAGCGGGCAGGCCAGCAACCCGUUCUCCAACACAUCAUGGUCGCCCUCGGCCGCUUCGAAUGCUACAAAGACCGUUUCGGAUGCUCAGGCCGACAGAGAAAAGCGACAGGUGGAAAGGCGGCGUUUGAAGGCCGCAUCACAGAUACAGAAAACAUGGAGAGGAUACAGAUCAAGGUCUACCCUGAAGGAGCAGCGGAGGAAUGACUUCGACCUUGCCUAUCAAUCUCUCUCCGAUGCCGGUGCUUCCCAGAGGCUAUACGUUUCUUUUCCUCUCCUGUUGUCUUUUUUCUCUGCCGCUCGUGCCGGUGAUAUGCAACGACUGUUUUUAUUCAUCGACGACUGUAACAAUGUCUCUCUCCAACAGCUUUAUGACGCCAGCCAUCAUAUAUCACGGCUCCAAAAACUAAUGGUGGUUCUUGUGCAAGCGUUAGACGUUUUAGUUUCUAAAGAUGAUACGUCAUUGGAACUUCAGCAUAUCCUUACACUCGUCAACCAUCUGGCCGUCAACUUUCCCCUCAUCAUAUUAGCAUCUGUUAACGAGUACUAUUCGGCAUUGGCAAAGCUGUGCCAAUCACAGCGUAGUCGAGAAUGGCUAGAAGCGACUCUCAAAUCUCUCUCAGCACCUUUAAAUGCAGGCGCGGAAAACGAGUCAGAAGCAUACUCCGCAUUAGCGCUACGAUUUCUAACCACGAAGAAUCUCCGAUUCUUCGAGCAAAAUAUCGAUCGUAUGGGCGAAAUCAUUAAUACGGAGAAGCUUGCGGCAGAAAUAUUACGAUUAUAUACUUAUAAACCCGAUGCUUUGCCAGACAAGGAUCGUCUUUUCUGGCUCCUAGCCCACUAUAUUGACUUGAGCAGGGUACAGAAAGAUUCUAACCAGAACUUGAUCCGUCUGAAAGCUAUUUUUACACAACUGUCUGCUUUAUCAUCCGAUAUUAGCAUUCGCAUAAGCACACAGCCGUCUCCUGAUCAACCCAACGAGGUAGCUACCGAGUCUCUUGUCUUCUUGUCGUCAUCAUACGUUACUCAACAGCUGCUGCGGCUUGUUGACAGCAAUGGCAUUUCCAGUCUGCUGCGUGACUUCUCUACUAGCUUGGCACAGUCUUCAAACCAAGAGCUGGAAGGAAGCGAACUCCUCGCUGGCUAUAUUCUCGCUUUACUGCAAAGUUUCCCCACAAGAGCGGACGACACACGUAUGAGGUUGUUCCUCGAGGAGAUACCUACCGCAGGGGGUAACAUCCCCAUUGUUAAAUACCUUUGGCAAAUGAUGACCAAAACCUCGAUAUUUCAAAAAUUAAAAACCGAGUCUGAGCGGCCAGCAAGAGUGCUCCACCGAUAUUUCUAUGAGACUGUAUCUUGGUCUUCUUCAUCACAUACGGAAGAACAAGAAUGGAGAAUUAUCCUCUUAUUUUUAGAGCUUUACACCUUCAUUCUCAGACUCAGCGAUGAUGAAGACUUCUUGAGUGGCAUUUACCCUCAAGUUUUAAGCAGCGAUGUGCCACAAUCACGAACAAGAUCAUGCAGUCUAGCACUAAAAGACAUUGAAGCGCUCAUCAUAUUUCUCAAAAAUACGGCAUUUGCUCUGCAUUACAAUGUUCAGGAAAUUACCCAAACUCAGGCAGCUCUCGAGGCUUCAACUACAGCCCGACUCAACUCCUACUGGGGGGACUCGUCGACAGUCUCAGAUGAGCCUAAGGCCGCCACCAAGUCUCCAGCUUCGGAAGUAUCUACAAAGCUCGAUCUAGAGAGCCUUCGCGCAAUCGUCACAACUUCGUUAAAAAUGCUCUACGAAAGAGACUCGCGGAAGCAUUUCCUGUCAGCGGAUCACUGGCUCAUGACGAGCAAACUGGAGAAGGAGGAUUUUAUUGGGGCCGUUAUAGCAGAAGAAGAGAGACAGAUCCAGGAGCAAGCUGAGGACAGCGAUUCAGAGGCAGAUGAAGCUGUAGCUUCGUUUGAUGAUGGUUUUGGAUCGCAUUCAACUUUUGCUGCGCAGCGGCUUUCUCGUCAUGUCAGAUUGGAAAGGCUCAAAGCUCGCCAGAUUCGCGCUCAAAGGGAACGAAGACUUGCAGAAAUGGGGCCCAAAUUGGAAAUUCUCAAACAUAUUCCAUUUGUUGUUCCGUUCGAGACGCGAGUCAUGAUUUUCAGGUCCUUCAUUAAUCUUGACAGACUUCGCAGAAGCGGUAAUAACGUAUUCCCGAUGCCUCCCUUGGGAAGGCACCAUGCGAAAAUCCGUCGCGGUCAGCUAUUUGAAGAUGCAUUCGAGCAGUUCUAUCAGCUAGGGGAGGGCUUAAAAGACCCCAUUCAGAUCACCUUUGUUGACCAGUUCGACACCCCUGAAGCGGGUAUAGAUGGUGGUGGCGUUACCAAAGAAUUUUUAACCAGUGUUACAUCGGAGGCUUUCGGAAAUCAGCUUGGAGGCCUGGGCAUGUUCACAUCCAGUGACAAGGGGCUACUCUAUCCCAAUCCCAUGGCUCUGGAUAUACUUCGCGAGUCACUGCGUCAGCAGGGGCUUACCGAAUCUGAUCACGAGUGGAGAGAAACAAUAUCUGAGUUAUUCAGGCGUUACGAAUUCCUUGGCCGUAUUGUAGGGAAGUGUAUGUACGAAGGGAUCCUUGUUGACCUUGCGUUUGCUGGGUUCUUCCUCCUAAAAUGGCCAUCGCCCAAUCGAAAAGAGGAGAAUAGCUACAAAGGUAGUGUCAACGAUCUCCAAGACAUGGACGAGGAACUAUACAAAGGCCUCCUCAACCUCAAGAAUUACCCGGGAGACGUAUCCGCCCUGGGAUUCGACUUUACCAUUACAGACCAGGUAUCAGCUCCAGGGGAGCCUGUCAAGACUGUUAGCAGAAAAUUGGUGCCCAACGGUGAUGAGGUAUCAGUUACAAACGACAAUCGCCUGCUCUACAUAUCCUACGCAGCCCGUCAUCGCUUGGUUCUGCAGCCGGCUCCCCAGACCAUGGCUUUUCUGCGCGGGCUUCGCGAAAUUAUUCGACCCUCAUGGCUGUCCAUGUUUAACCAAUCUGAGCUACAGCGCCUGGUUGGCGGCGACUCCAUGGCAAUUGAUGUCGAAGAUUUACGCCGAAAUACAAUCUAUAGCGGUCUUUAUGCUAUAGGUGACGAUGGAGAAGAGCAUCCCACAAUUAAAAUGUUUUGGAACGUCAUGAACGGCUUCACAGACGCUCAGAGACGCGACGUUCUCAAAUAUGUCAGCUCAACACCAAGAGCACCGCUCCUUGGCUUUUCACAACUGAAUCCGAAAUUUGCCAUUCGAGACGGGGGCUCGGACCAAGAACGACUACCGAGCACAAGCACGUGUGUUAACUUGCUGAAGCUACCGGUUUACAAGUCGGAAUCAACUUUACGAACGAAACUACUGUACGCGAUAUCGUCAGGGGCUGGGUUUGAUUUGAGUUAG